CCGGCGGGGGUUGUGUUUACCCGCGGUGCAUGGUGGGGCGGUCUCCUCGGGCAACUACAGCCCACCGGCUGCCCUGAGGCGGUGCGGAAAGGGCACCAUGGCUGAGGCGGCAGCAUGAGCCGGGUUCCCACCUCCUCGGCGCCCCUGCCGAGCCCCGAAUACUACGAGAGGGUGGGCCAACUCCAGAAUGGGCUACGAGACAGUGAAAAGAAGAGAUUGGACCUGGAAAAGAAACUUUAUGAACAUAGUCAGUCUCAUAUAUGCAAAGUUAAGCUGAAAUAUGUAAAACUAAAGAAAUACCUGGAGGAAAUAUGUGAAUCUGAAAGGAGGGCUCGUCUACGAAACCAAGAAUAUUUAAUGCAGUUUGAGCAUGUCCAAGAUCGAGUUGGACACUUUACCACAAAUACCGAGACUCUUCAAAAACUGAAGAUUCAAUAUGAGACUCAAAUUAAGAAGAUGCAGUUACUCUCAAAAGAUAACCUGGAAACAAAAGGUGAACUGAAAGAUGAAGACAGAGAAAAGGUUGCAGUGCAAGCAGGAAUCAGUUUGGGGACAGCUAUGUCAAGAGGAUUGUAUCAACCAGCAACGAUCUUUAUGGGUCACCCAAUGUCAGCCAUCUCAAGCAUUGGCGAUUUCAGUACAGAGCAGAAAUCUCCCCAGCCCACAAAGAACUUUUCAAUUCCUGACCCACAUUCACACCAACAGACAGCCCAGAGCAGUAAUGUGACAGACAGCUGUGUAGUACAAACUAAUAGUGACACACAGUGCUUAAAUAAGACUGACAAAAUAGAUGGAAAGACAUCUCUUCAGACUGGUGAGAAAAUGCCAGUCACAGCCAGUGUGUUGUCUGAGGAGGAACAAACUCAUUGCUUGGAGAUAGGAAACAACACACGUCACAGCAAGAGUAAUUUAUCUGAAGGCAAAAAGUCUGCUGAACUUCAUUCCUCGUUACAGGAAAGAUUAAGCCCAGAAAACAGAACCACUGAUUUAAGGUGUGACAGUUUCAGCAGAUCAGAGGGAUCAGAGGGAGAAGUACUGACACAAGAACAUAUUGAGGUUGAGGAAGAGCGAGCCAGCCCGCCAGUCUCUGCGGUAUCAGUUUCAGAACACUGUGCAUCUGAAAAUAAGUGGUCUCAAGAGAAGCAUUCUGCCUGGGAAGGUUUCUCAGAUCAUCUUGCCCAUGGGGAUCCAAAGUCACAAAGACCUUUCAUAAAGAUGCAGGAAGAAGAAGAGGAGGAAAGUUUGUGCAGCAGCAGUGACCUCACAGUCUCUGUAAGUGAAGAUGAUCUGAUUUUAGAAAGUCCAGAACCACGGCUGAAUCCAGGUGACAAGAUGGAGGGAGAAAGAAUAGAGGCCUUUAGAUUAAUCCACACUGAGCAAGAAAGAGAUGCCCUGUCCACUGGAAAAAAAAAUUGUAUUUUUCAAGCUGUAAGUUCUCCUGAUUCAAAAAAGGAAUCUUCCAUGAACUCACCAAUAAGACAAUCUAAACAAGCACCAGAUUGGGGCUUAUUGAGGAUGCAAAUGGAUAAGCAUGGUGCUACCUUGAAAGAACAUGAUAAUUCUCUUGAAAAAAAGGCAACAGCAUUAUUGAAAAAAGCCCUUACAGAAGAGUGUGACCAUAGGUCAGCUAUUCACAGUGAUGAAUCAUUUUGCAGCUUGUCAUCUAUUCUGAAUGACAAUAGUGGAAUAAAGGAAGCAAAGUCUGCUCUGUGGCUCAACAGUGUUCUUACAAGGGAACAAGAAGUUUCAAGUGGCUGUGAAGAUGAGAGCAAGGAAGAAAGUGUGACUGCAAAAGUUCCAAUCACAGGUUCGAACAUUGACAGCAGCACAUUCAAGACAAGAACAACUCACAAAAUUGUUUCGGAAGCUAAUUUUUCAUCUAGUGAAGGAAGUUCUUUGUCAAGGCAUGAAAAUGAAAAGAAACUAGUGAUCAAUUUCAGGUCAAAUGCUUUCUGGGGGGAGUCUGACGACAGUAACUCAGAAAUUGAAGCUGCUUUACGUCCUAAAAACCAUAACACAUCCACUGAUGAUUUUGAUGAUUUUUAUGACAAAUAAGCUGUAACAUCUGUUGGAAAUAAAAUCUUUAAACAAACUGAAACCAUGUGU